AUGGCUUUUUGGAAAAAAUUUUUUAAAAAUAUAAAUAUGUUUAAUCAAGAUAAGAAUUCUAUUAAUAUAAAAAAAGAAUAUUUAGCAGAAGAUCUCAUACUAAUUAAGCAUUUAGAAAAUCAAGGUAAUCAUAAUGAUAUAUAUAUUAGUACAGGUAAAAAUAUUAAUUUAUAUGAGUUAGAGCAAUUAUGUGACUCGGUAGGAUGGGUACGUAGACCUUUAAAAAAAGUGAAGUUAGCUAUAGAUCAUAGUUUUGUUACAAUCUGUGUAUUUUAUAAAAACAAUAAGAGUAAAAAAUUAAUAGGUUUUGCAAGAGCAACUUCAGAUACAGUUUUUAAUGCUACUAUCUGGGAUGUUGUAAUUCAUCCUAAUUUUCAAGGUAAAGGUUUAGGUAAAGCUUUAAUGGAUCAAAUUGUAAUACAGUUAAGAUAUUCAGAUAUUAGCACCAUUACUUUAUUUGCAGAUCCUCAUGUUGUGAGUUUUUAUCGUAGAAUAGGUUUUAUUACAGAUCCUGAUGGUAUAAAAGGUAUGUUUUGGUAUCCACGUUGA